UUCUAGUGAGAGAGAGAGAGAGAGAGAGAGAGAGAGAGAGAGAGGUUUCUAGAGAGAAAGAGAGAGUUACCGUUUGUGUCCGUUUUUUCCGUUAGAAGUAUUUGUGAAGAGAGAGAAGCGAGGCAAGCCAUGGUGACGGACCAGGAGAUAGCGAAAGGAGUAGAGACGGUGCUGCGGCAGGCAGGCCCAAGCGCCGUUACUUCAUUAAACGGUGUCGUACAGCAACUUGAAGCUAAAUUAGGGUUAGAUUUGUCACACAAAGCUGCUUUUAUUCGUGACCAAAUUGACCUUCUCCUCCGUUCCCACCCCAUCACUACCACCGCCAGUGCUACCGCCCCCGCCUCCGUGACCACCACCGGGCAUCCGCCACCACAACAGCAAGCUUUUCAGUUCCAACAAGGGCAAGCUCUUAACUUAACCCCUAAAGACCAUUUUGCCCUCCAAUUUCAACAACAAUUUCACCCUUCCCAUUUUGCCAUUCACCCUCACCACCAGCACCAGCACCAGCGCCAGCACCAUCCUCAACAACACCACCAGCACCAGUUUUUUUCUCAGGACCUUAACUUUAGGCAGCCACAAGCGGUGGCGACUCCCCCAGCGCCGCCACCUCAGCUGCAAGCUCAGCAGCAGCAGCAUAGGCAGACACAGCAUGUGCAAAAUGCUGGGGUUGUUGCUAAUGAAGUGGCUAAAGAGAGCAGUGCUCCAGUUGGAUCCAAAAGAAGAGGUGGACCUGGGGGGUUAAACAAAGUAUGUGGUGUUUCACCUGAACUUCAGGCCAUUGUUGGCGAGCCAGCGUUGCCAAGGACUGAGAUUGUGAAGCAAUUGUGGCAAUACAUAAGGAAAAACAACCUCCAGGAUCCAAGUAACAAGAGGAAGAUAAUUUGCGAUGAUGCUUUACGUGUGGUUUUUGAGACAGACUGCACUGACAUGUUUAAGAUGAAUAAGUUACUGGCUAAACAUAUCAUCCCGCUUCAACCAUCAAAGGAAUCCAGUCAAGCCAAGCGAGCAAAGGUGGAUGUUGAGACCCCAACUGAAAAUACUGAACCUGGUGCAUCACUUGUGGUGAUAUCUGAAAGACUUGCCGAGUUUUUGGGGACUACUGAGAGGGAAAUGACCCAAACAGAAGCAUCCAGACGUGUUUGGGAGUACAUAAAGCUAAAACAGUUGGAGGAUCCGUUAAAUUCAAUGGCGAUACAAUGUGAUACAAAGCUUCGUGAUCUUCUUGGAUGUGAAAGCAUAUCUGCAGUGGGGGUAGGAGAGGUGUUAGCACGGCAUCAUUUAUUCAAACGGUCAUGAUGUUCCAUGAUGAUGACUGUCUGAUGCAUACCAAACAGGUAAUCAGACUAGUUUUUUUCUUGUUACUUGCAGGUGCAUGGAACAAUGACCUUCUGCUCACUUCUGAUAGUAGAACAGAUAACGAAGAAGCUUAUUUUGUUUUUCCGAUCGUUUAUUUUUUGUUGUGUCCUUUGUGAAUUAACGUGGUUAGAUGAAAUGGUGAUUACUCGACUAUGAUCAGAAUGAAAAUGUAACAACCGUCACUGACCUUGGAUGUAGUAGGUUUUCGUGCUAAUUUUAUUGUCAGUUUUACUUCCCGAUGCCUAACCCUCGUAGUAGAAUGAAGGAAACCGCAGUGGAAUUGUAAAAUCCUGUUAACUUGAAAAGACCAAUAUGUGUAUCCUGUUAUAUAGCCUGUUGUUUUCUACCGCAA